AUGGAUAAGGACCUGGGAAGAAAUAGGGCCGGAAGUGACAGUAGAGCCUACCCUGAGGAGAAAGCCACAGGAUCCCAGGCCUAUGCUGAGGAGAAAGCCAUUAAAUCUGAGGGCUAUGACAUGAAUGAAGCCAUAGAAUCUGAGGCCUACACUGAGAAUGAAGCCAUAGGAUCUGAGGCCUACACUGAGAAUGAAGCCAUAGGAUCUGAGGCCUACACUGAGAAAGCCAAAGGAUCCAGUGCCUAUGGCUCAGAUGAAGCCACAAAAUCUGAGACCUAUGGUGAUGAAAAAGCCAUACAGUCCGAGGCCUAUGCUGUGAAUGAAGCCAUAGAAUCCGAGGCCUAUGGUGCAAAUGAAGCCAUAGAAUCCGAGGCCUUCACUGAGGAAAAAGCCAUAGGAUCUGAGGCCUACACUGAGGAGAAAGCCAUAGGCCCCGCAGCCUACACUGAGGAGAAAGCCAUAGGCCCCGCAGCCUACACCGUGUCUGAAGCCACAGGCCCCGCAGCCUUUGACACCUCUGAAGCCACAGGCCCGGCAGCCCCGUCUGCAGCCCCAGGCCCCGCGGCCUUUGACACCUCUGAAGCCACAGGCCCCGCGGCCUACACCAGCCUUGAAGCCACAGCCCCCACGGCCUCCGCCCCUUCUGAAGCCACAGCCCCCGCGGCCUAUGCCCCGUCUGCAGCCCCGGGCCCUGUGGCCUACGGUGGCUUUGAGUCCGCCAUGGCAGGCCGGGCGCAGCGCGUGUUCGUGGUGGCGUCGCGGGCGCCAGCAGCCACGGCUCUGACGCUGCCUGAGGGCGCCGCGCUGCGGCUGGGCUGCCGAGCGGAGGCGGAGCCGGCGGCGCGCGUGGGCUGGCUGCUGCCGGGCGGGCGCUGGGCCUGGGCGGGGACGGAGCUGGGGACGGACGGCGUCGGGGUCGGGGCGGACGGGACGCUGACGCUGCCCACGCUGGACCCAAGGCACGCCGGGCGCUAUGUGUGUGUGGCUGCCAACGCGCUGGGGCUGGCGCGCUGGGACGCCGACGUCAGCGUGGGCGGGGCGGCGGGGGACAAGAUGGCGGAAGCCAAGAUGGAAGGCAACAAGAUGGCGGAAAGCAAGAUGGAGGGAAUUAAGAUGGUGGAUUCCAAGAUGGUGGACACCAAGAUGGCGGAAUCCAAAAUGGAGGGAAGCAAGAUGGCCGAAAACAUGGCAGAAUCUAACAUGCCCGACCCCUACAUGGCGGAUUCCAAGAUGGCCAAAAACAAGAUGGAGGGAACCAAGAUGGCGGAAUCCAAGAUGGAAGGAAACAAAAUGGCGGAAGCCAAGAUUGCAGAAUCCAAGAUGGAGGGAACUAAGAUGGCGGAAGCCAAGAUGGACGAAACGAAGAUGGCAGAUGCCAAGAUGGCAGAAUCAAACAUGGAGAGAAGCAAGAUGGAGGGAACCAAGAUGGCCAAAAACAUGGUGGAAUCCAACAUGGCCGACACCAACAUGGCGGAUUCCAAGAUGGUGGACGCCAAGAUGGCGGAAUCCAAAAUGGAGGGAAACAAGAUCAGGGAAAGCAACAUGGCAGAAUCCAAGAUGGAAGGAAUCAAGAUGGCGGAAAACAAGAUGGAAGGAAUAAAGAUGGCCGAAAACAAGGUGGUGGAAUCAAAGAUGGAGGAAUCCAAGAUGGAGGGAAUUAAGAUGGCGGAUUCCAAGAUGGUGAAGGCCAAGAUGGCGGAUUCAAAAAUGGCGGAUUCCAAGAUGGCGGGCGCUGCUGCGGAAGCGGCCGCGGGGGCGUCGCGUGGCGCUGACGUCAUUGUUGACGUGCCUAGCUCGGGCCUGGGCACCGGGGAAGCGCGGCUGUGGCGUCGGCGUCCUGCGGGCGGCCCGGGGCGCGGGCACCCUCCCGCCCCCCGCGCCGCCCCCGCCAGCCGCAGUUUCCGCAGUUUCGAGCCCGCCUUGCCGCGCCGCCCGCGCCCGCCAGUGGCUGCCGAGCACAUCCGGCCUGAGCACUGGGCGCGAAUCCUGGCGCGCGUGCGCGGCCGCGGCACGGGUGACUUCCGGGCCCUGUCUCCACGGAGACCUCCUCGCUUCCGGUGUCCACACUUCCGGUUUCUACACUUCCGGUUUCGAUGCAAAUAUCCCCACUUCCGGUCUCUGUGUCUUCCGCCGACCCACUUCCGGUCUCCACUCAGACCUCACCACUUCCGGUCUCCACUCAGACCACCCCACUUCCGGUCUCCACACUGCCGGUUUCCACUAAAACAUCACCACUUCCUGUCUUCACUACUUCCGCCUACCCACUUCCGCUCUCCCCGCAGACCUCCCCACUUCCAGUCUCCACUCGGACCCCUGUACUUCCUGCUUCCACACUUCCAGUUUCCACUCGAAAAUUCCUACUUCCGGUCUCCACUCGGACCACCCCACUUCCGGCUUCCACACUUCCGGUUUUGUCUCGAACAUCCCCACUUCUGGGCUCCACUCGCAGAUCUACACUUCCGGUCUCCACAAGGAGAUCCCCACUUCCGGUCUCCAUUCGGACUACCCCACUUCCUGUCUCCCCACUUCCGGUUUCCACUCGGAAAUCCACACUUCCGGCCUCCACUACUUCGGCCUACCCACUUCGGUUUUCGACUGAGAGAUCCCCACUUCCGGCUUCCACACCUCUAG